AUGUCGAACCCUCGGAAUAGCACGAGACCGAUGCUUGCACCCAGCAGCAGAAAAAGAAGCGGUAGUACGACCGACGACUACCAACCCACGACGCCGCGACACAGUGCGCGCUUCUCCGACCAACCCGCUGAAGAAAUCCCCGCCGAAGAUUCGACUCUGACUACCCCCACCAGAGGGACUUUCAAGUUUCCUGCCAACAACUCGAACCCUACUCAACAACAUGGUGACAGCGUUGGGGUAUCUCGUGAAAACUCACGUCGCUCGGUACAUUCGCACCAGUCUAGCGAUUCGCAAGACAUAGACAUGGACGAUGGCGAUGACGAUGGCCAGGACCAAGCAGGCUCAGACAACGAAAGUGAUGACGACGGAAAGCCGUCUAGGAAGAAGAAGAAGGGCCAGAGAUUCUACUGCACCGACUUUCCACCAUGCAACCUCAGUUUCACUCGCAGUGAGCAUCUGGCCAGGCACAUCCGAAAACAUACGGGUGAACGACCUUUCGAAUGUCACUGCUCCCGCCGGUUCUCCCGACUCGACAACCUGCGCCAACAUGCCCAGACAGUACAUGUCAACGAAGAGAUCCCCGGCGACUCCCUGGCAGCGACCGGGACCAGGUUCCAGAGACAGAUCCGAACAGACCGUGUACGUCCACCAAACGUGAGACCUAGAGCAUCGACUGCUGGCAGCGGCGGACACAGUGCGUACAGUAGAGGGCACAGCAGAAACUUGUCAGCUUCAAGCGUCCUCUCGACUACCUCGAGCCUGGCCAUGUCGGACAUUGGAGAGAGUCGUCCGCGCCCCUCUCCUCUGAUGCUGAACCAGGAUCCUGUGGCCAGGGCGAGACUGAGUCUAGACACGUUCAAUCCGGCCAUACCCAAUAAUGGCCCUCAGUUCGGUUACUACCAGCAGUCGCCCAGCGGCUACAGCUCUCCCACGUCGUCCAACUUCUCUACCGGCGAAGGUAGCCCUAGGUUCCAAGCCAGCAUGCAGUCGCCAUCUCUUCCGAUCGCCAGAUCAUCCUUCUACAACGGCACUAGAACACCCUCUCGCCGUCUGUCUGUCCCAUCUGGGGUCAGCCCCUAUUCGCCACAAGCGGCCAGCUAUCAGCCCGUCUACUUUGCCCCUCUUCCUUCCGGCCCAGCUCCUCAAUACUCGAACACGAACAGCAUGGUCGCCAGUCCUACUUCCUCUACCUUCUCACACCACCGCCGUGAGUCUGAUGCUGAGCUUGAGUGGAGAAGAAGAACAUGGCAUCCUAGCACUCAUGCGAACUAUGCCAGUCGUCCUGCAACCAGUGGGUUGGCUUAUAACCAGACUCCUGAUGACGUUGUUCCUGCUCUUGCCUCCCAGCCAGCAGCAAGUCAGAUUACCAGACUUCCUGGCAUCGAAAGCUUCGACCACGCGCCUCCUCCUCCUGCUGUUCCUGCACGCAACGUGACCAGUCCUAUGCAGAUUGACUCUGGUCGUCGUUCAUCAAUACUCUCAGGGCCAAUUGAGGUAUCAACCUCUGCUCCUGGAGACCGAAGAAGUAUAGGCUGGGAGCACAAUCUUCAUCAAGGUCUUAACAGAUUGGAGAUUGCUCAUCCUCCAGUGGACCACGCUCGCAUACUCCCAAGCCAGCGACUACCUGAAGCACCUCGUUCAGAACAACAUCAGCAACCUGCUCCUGGCUAUGCACUGCCUCAGCUGCAGCCACCUGCUGAUAUACGUCCAGUCGCCGAUGACCAUGUUAACAAACGCCAAGCCUGGUACGGUGGGCCGAUGGGUCCUCCUCAGGGAAGUCAGCCGAUCAUGAUCGCGCACCGUACUUCACCUGAGUCUAGCAGCAGCGAAGGCAUACCCACACCUUCGACCUCUCAAGGCAGAGAAUUGCAUCCAGCCAUUAUGCACGCCAAUGGCAUGGUUGAGCUGCAGCCNCCAGAUGCCAUUUUGACCGAUGAGCAAAGAGCUCUCCAGGCCCACUAUCAGGGCAAGCCCGAGCCCACCAGAGCAGACUCUGGCUUUCACAGCUAUGUGCACAUGGCUGGCCAAGCACCGACCGUGUACAUGAUGCAAGCCGGUCACAACAUGCAGGUCCAGUCUCCCGAGUGGCGUCCUGCACCCGUCCACCAGAGAGCCAACCCCGACAUGGGCAGACUCGAAGCCCUCGUUGCUGUUGCCACCAGCGAGAACCGAGCCGUCGAACACCGCGGCUGA